AUGGAUCGCAAACUUCCGCGCCAUCUCUUUUGCUUUCCUUGCGCUCAGUGGCACCUUCGCACACAGCCAGGGCUCGAAACGCUUAAACCCCACAACGUUUUGAAUCCGCUGUUCGAGUGUCCAAACAGCACCAAUGUUCACAUGCCGCCACCGCGAAUACGGAUCACCGACGGAAGGACGCUGCCCUUUGCGUUUGCCCAAUUGGCUCGACGCACUUGGGCAUACGGAAGUAAUUAUGGCAUGUCGCACCAAUCCUUGGCUAGACGGUGGAAAGAUGCAUACUCAGACUGGACCCAUGAGAGUAUGUAUCACAUUACUGAUAAAGGACAUGUUCUUAUGAGGGUACGGUCACAACACUACGUCGAGGGUGGUAUGACGGAUGCGGCAAAACGUCUGCUCCUCUUCAGCCGAGGCGAUUAUACACCCUACUUCAGUGUCUGCUCGCAUUGGAAAAACGGGGUCCUCACAUCUGUCCCCAAAUGUGCUUUGGAUCACAUCCCAUUCACCGCAGAGUCCGAAACGUACGGCAUCAGGCAAUUGCGUGCAAAGAAAGGCGUGGGCCUCGUCAGUCUCUGUAGUCGCUGCAGACCCAUGCGCCGCUGUCCUGCCUGUCCAACCGAGUACCUCUUCGAACUGAAGCUCGUGGAGGACAAGAGCGUAAAGGGUCACGGCCCAGAGCGCUUCAAGCAGGCCCUCAUUGCGACGCGUUGGAGCGACCUAGGUCCGGCGCGGAGUCCAGCAGACCCGGAAUGGUCUGCAAUAGUGGGGGAGAACACGCAGUACGAUAGUUUUGCGGAAAUUGGACGGCGGGCUAUUAGUGGCGUUUUUGAGAGUGCCUUUUCUGAUACUAUACCCGGACAGCGAGUCAUCAGCAUGAACCCGGAGAAGGUGGUCGCGAAGGAGGAUGGGGGCGACUGGUACUAG